AACUGCUUGAGAGAAGUUAAUAUUUCCUCAGAACGCUUUGAAUAGUGCCAAAAACUCAUACAAUCUGAGAGCAUAGUAAAUCAUCAUUGUCUUUCACAGCUAACAAAGAUCGAAAUAGUUCACAAAGUGAGCGGCGUGUGCUUGUGAACGUGUGGAACGUGAUCGAUGACGGCAUACUCAUUUAAGUUGCCGCUUUGUAUGCUGCUGCUCACCACACUACUACAAACAACAGCCACAACCAGUGAAGAAACUCAACAAAAGAGAGAUUACAGAAUAACAAGAAGGUUCAUAGAAAUCGGUAGUGAACAAGCAUAUAUCGUAGAGCCAAGACAAAAAGCGCCAGAAUUAAUUGAGAAGGAGGAAUGGAACAUUAAAAGUGAGUGGGAGAAGAGUAAAAAAGAAAAGGCCGGUCGUGAUGAGUUAUAUCAGAAUGCGGAAAAAGCGGCGAAAAAAGUGGGGAGUAUGGAUAAGUCGCACAGAGAAAUUAAGGAGCAUGUAUUGGCUGAAAAAGAGAGUGCUAUGAGUUUUAGCAAAGACAGAAACCAAAGUGAUGUGAAAAAAUUAAGAAAAAACCUUGCGAGUGUGAAAACCAUUACGCUGCCUACAUUUUCCAAAAAACAAAUUAACCCAGCUGCUACUCAGAAUAAUCUAAAACUCGAUGGCAAAGCACUUACAUCUGCUCCUACCCUGCACACACUCAAUUCGCCCACAAAUCAUAUCAGAGCAGCACCCAGUACACAAAGGGUGGCACCGCGCUUUAAGCGGCAACAAGCUGCGUCUUCACUCAAAACGCAGCAGAGUGCCUUUCAAGGUGGUCUCACUGCGUACUCGAGCGCCGGCAACACAGCAGUGCACUACAAUCCAUUGCCCGCUGUGCCCUUGCCGCCACCGCCACCUUUUCCCGGUAAUUUCGCCAUUUCACCAUUUAGUGGUGGCGCCAAGCAAACAACCAGCGGCCACAACAUUUUGAAUGCCUUCGCAUUUGCGGGUAUCGGCAGCUCGUCCUCGGCUGUCUCACAUCAUGCGCGCAGUAAUUCGCUUUGUGGUGGCGUCCUCAAGUCGCGUUACGGAAACAUACAGACACCGAAUUUUCCGCACAAAUUCCCAACACCCAUAGAGUGUGUAUGGGUAAUUGAUGCCUCCGAGCUGCCAAUUACAACUUCUACGUCCGCGUCGGCUGGCGCAAGCGGUGGUGGAGGCGGCACCAACAUCUCAAUUAUCGUUUACCUAACGCAAUUGUAUGUUUUGGGCGGCCUCAAGUUCACCGAGUAUAUGUACUAUUCGGAUGAUUAUAAGGUGCCGGCACAUCGUGUGUUCACACUCACCGAGGAUGACGUCACACAGGUGGCAUGGGUACAAUUUAGUAGUCAGUAUCUUGAGAUACGUUUCACGAUGCCAUCGUUGGAUGGCACACAUUUGCGCGCCUUAGAUCGUCUGCUGGACGUGUACGGCUUCAAUAUUACCUACGAGGUGCAGCAGGAGGUGAAAACCUAUCAGUGCAAUACGUUGCAGUGUCGAUUUCUCGGUCAUUGUUAUGCGAAGGCGGAUUACAGCUCGUACUAUUGCUCCUGCUUUCCCGGUUUCAGUGGCACAGAUUGUGGCCGUGGCCCAUUGUGUGAGGAUCCACAUACGAAUAUAUGCCAAAAUGGCGGCACAUGCAAACACAUUGGCGAUGCGGCCAUUACAUGCCAUUGUCCGAGCGGCUUUAAGGGCACCAAAUGCGAAAUACCGGAAAUAAAUGAAAUGACAUUGGGUUGCACUUCCAAUUCCACAUCGAGUGAUUGUCAUAAAGAAUGUGACUUUGAACGCGGCGGUGAAGGCAUCACACUGCGAAAGGCUAGUAAAAUUAGUGCACGCAACGGUAAAACUCGUUAUGAAGUGACAAUACGCCUGGGCGCCAACUUAACUGCCUUUUAUCGUAACAUGGAUCCCGAGAGGCGCCCAAGCGAUCAUCUCCCGAGUUUGCUAGAAAGACAUCUCAUGCGCGUCUUACGCAAUUUCAACAUCACAAAAAUCAGCGAUUUAGAAUUAAUCUCGAACAGCACCGAUCGCUUAGACAUCACAUUUCAUUUCUUCGGCGUGAAGGGCGAUUCGAAUCGCAUACGUGAGGCUAUCACGCGUAUGGUGGAGCGUGGGCGUAUUGGGAAUAUUACACUAGUUUCCAAUUACCAUUUGUUUGACGAGAACCCACCGCUGAAUUUAUUGGAACUGACAAUUAAUCAAAAAUCAGCGAUUCGCGAAGACAGUGAAUUUAUAAUUUCAUGCACCGCCCAAGGAUCAUCGCGCAUGCAAUUCCAAUGGUACAAGGAUGGAGCGCGUGUUAACACAUCCAAGGCUAUAAGAGAAAUCUGGACCACCGUCUUACCACCGGAAACUAAAGACACUUUCACUGCCAUUUUGGGUAUCACCAAGGCCAGCCGCAUGGACGAAGGCAUAUACACGUGCAAGGUCACCGAUUGGAGCAUCGAGCAGUGUCGCUCGCUGCAUGUGCAUAUCAAAACACCACCACGCCUACGUGUCGAUCCCGCCAGCGUCACAUUGCAACGCGGCGACUCGUUGCGUGUGCGUUGCCUCUCCCCCGGCAACGAUGACAUCAAGCGCUAUGCACAACUUGGCUACAGCUGGACACGAAACGGUGUACUCUUUCAAUCGAACCCCGCCACAGUGAUGUGGGAAGAUCUGUAUCCCGAUGGGAGCAUACUGAAAAUUAAUAAUAUACAGAAAUCCGCCGAGUACACAUGCAUUGUCUCCAACACAGUGCGUCCGGUAUCGAAAAGCGUCUACAUAACAGUUAUCGACCGCAAUGCGGUACGUGUGUGCCACAGCGACACGCUGUACGGUGUCCGUUGGCCGACAAGUGCACCAGGCGCCGCCAUUGUUGCCGACUGUCCGCGCGGUUUUGAGGGCCACUCGCGGCGCAUUUGUGAAAGCCGCGAUACGGGGAAUUCGACAUGGUUGUUACCCGAUUUCGCGCUCUGCGUACAUGAUCAACUUUUGCUGAUUUACAAUAAGUUUCGUGCACUAAGCGCCGGCUACCAACAGACCAACUCAUCGGCCAUACUGAAGGCCUGCUUCGCAUACACGGCCAAGCGGCAUAAGCGCUUUCUGCCCGGCGAGGCGGGCUUUCUCAUCGAUAUGCUGCAUGAGGUCGAUACGUAUCUGCAGCUAAAGGGCACACAGCUGGAACGUGAGAUGGCAGCCGAAAUAAUUUUGCACAUUCUCGACAAAGUCAUGCAAAAUACGCAAUCACUUAAUAGCCAACAGCAAAUUAAAAAAUUGCAACUCUUAACACAAUCAGCAGCGUUGAACCGUGAAACAAUUGCAGCAUCUCAAUUAGCAACAUCAACAUCAUCCACGUCAGCAGCAGCAGCUGCGGCAGCGGCGGCGGCAGCAACAGCCGACAAUAGUGCCAUAUCAUCGGCAUCCGCAUCCGGCACUUCAGCUUCAGUGGCAACAGCACAAACAGAAAUCACUUCAGGCGCGGCAACAGCUGCUGGUAAUGCCAUGUCACCGGCACGCUCCUCCGCCACCGCAACGAAUUCGGCGCUGGCAACACUACUGCGCAACGAUGGCGCCACUCUCGGUGGUGGUGGUAGUGGCAAUGCUGUUGGUAGCAGCAGUAUUCUCACGGUCGAUGAGGAUUCACUGUCGUUGGAUCGUCUAAACUCGCUGCGCAUCUAUAUGACUUCGGUGAAAACGUUGCCGUUUAAUUUGAGGAUCUACGGCGAUGAUUUGUUCGCGGAUCAACUUUACAUGGACAUCGGUCUCUCCAAUCGGUUGCUCAACAUAAUGGCCAACUCGACGAUAUUCGCAUCGGUUAUCUCGUAUAAAAAUUUAAAAAGUUUUCUACCGAAAACUUACUACACACGCGGCAGCGAUCCCAAAGAGUCCGAUUACAUACUGGCCUCACGCAUUCUACAAACAUGGCUCUUCCAAUCGAACCGCUCCAACGAUAAUUUACGGGAACCACUCGAUUUACCAUUUGAGGCCGGCCAUGUGGAGAUCAUAUUUCAGCACGAAGUAGCACCGAAGGAGGGCGAUUGGGUGGCCGUGUGUGGUCAUGACUACAAAGCUUCAUUUGAGUCAACUUGGCGCUCGGAUUUAUGCAUCACCAAGCAUCUGAUGGCGAAUAUAACGCGCUGUAUAUGUCCAUUGUCCGGCACAUACGUAGUCAUGCUGACGAAACGUAACAAUAAUUCGCAACCCGUUUCACACACACAACGCCCACUUUUCGUGAUUAUCAGCUGCGCCUGUGGUUUACUGCAGUCCUGUUCGGCUUUUCUCAUACUACUGCCGAUUUGGUUUAACCGCAAAUGUGCAAUAACUUUUCUGAAAAUGCAAUUUUGUAUCUCCACAUCAAGUAUAAUGAUCAUUUUCUUGCUGGGAUUCCUGAAAAUGUUGCCGGAGAAUUGGCAGGCAGUUGUCAACUCAUCGCUAGCCUCACUGCUGCUGCUCGGCGUCUCGACCACGAUUGCGAUAGCCUUGGUUGUUAACUCCGAACUAGUGCCGAAAAAAAUGUUGCAUAUCAAUAAAAUGUCAACGGCAACAGCCGCAAGUGCACGUGCAACGACAAUAAAAAAGGAACAACAACAAAGGAAUCAACAUAAACAACAACAACAAACCCAUCAUAAACUGCAACACGACUUAAAUAUGCGGCAUAACUCCACAAGUGGCAAUGACAAUGGCAGUGGCGCGCCUAUGGCAGCCGCCUCCCCCGCAACCACCAUCGACGCGCACAGCUUGAGUGCCACCACAAACAUUACGCAAAUCAGCAGCAACAGCAACAACACCAGUGUGGGCGUCAAUGUCGGCGGCAGCUUCGCCCUUGGUGGCAGCAAUGACAAUAGCAUUGCUAGCGACAGCAUUGCCACCGCCAGCGGUCGGCGCGCGGGCAGUGUGUCAGGCGCGGCAACUGCGCGCUCUGUGGCGCUGGUACAAGAGCUCUAUUUUCCGGUGAGCGUACGCGCCGUCAUCGGCAUUAGUUGGCUGCCGCCGUUGCUCUAUGCCAUCGCUGUGCCGCUGAUAUGCAGCAUUAUUGGCAAAUGGCCACGCAAUUGGUGGCUCGAAGUGAUGAGCAAUACAACUGCUGGAGUGGCAACAACAGCAACAAGCGCAGCAAUGUCCAGCGCCAUGUUUGGUAUGCCACAUGGUUUGUCGCAUGCGUACGGUGGCGGAUAUAGUGGCGGAAGUGAUUACUUAGUGGCGCAUAUGGCACCCACACCAUCACCGGCAUCAUCGCUAAGUCUGAAGGUUGAACCGAGUCACGUCAGCAACCAAAGCAAUGAUGUGUACAGCGUGUUGGCGAGCACAACAAGCGACAGCAUCUUGGAGCUGGCAUCGGUCACAGCUGCUGAAAUUACAACCGCCGCCACCGGAAUAUUAACAACUGCUAGCGCUGUUACUGCCACCAGCACGAACAGCGCCAACAACAACAACAACAACGUCACCACUGCAGCGUCUUCCGCGAGCACCUCAGCAUCGACUGCCUCUACAUCGACGACCUUCUCCGUUGCCGGCUGGCAUAACAACUUCCAACCGGCAGCCAUCUCCGCUUCCGCCACCGCUGCUGCCUAUCACGGUGACUACGCGGCUUACACCGACUCAGACGCCGCGGAGCUGGAGUCACAAUUCACGGGCGACGCCAGUAGCGUGCCAUCACUCAGUUUCAUCAUAUUUAUUUGCGUCGAUUUACUCUUCGUUUUGCUCUUUUUUGCGCUCUUCGUCAUUUUAAUCAAGAAACUUUUAUGGCUGUGGCAUAAAAAUCGAAAUAUUCACGCGCAUCCGCAGGAUAAGUUCAAUGUGGCCAUGCGUAGACGCAUUGGCCUAAUUUACCGCACCGGUUGUUUGCUGUUAAUGAAAUUAUCAACGGAUGCAUUAUUCAUAGCAUAUGUAAAUUCAACACAAAAUUCAUGGUGGUCCUAUCCGUUUGGCAUAUCUUGCGUAUUGUUGGGUUUCUCUAUACUUUAUUGCUUUGUUAUAAAAGCGGAGAGCAGUCUACGCGCGCCGCCAAGCAGCAUCAACAGCAGCAGUGGCACGUUGAAGAAGAAGCUCAGUUCGAGUAAGACAAGUUUGGAUGACAACUAUUGUACGGGGUCCAUAAAUAGUCCGCUCAGUUUCUACGCGAGCCAUGAAAAGGAAAAAGAAAACGGAAGCGGCGCGCCGGUAACAACACUACUUGCAGCGCCUCCACCACCACCGCAACAGCUUGAAAUCUCCGGUGGCGUGCAACUGCCACUCACAAUUAUACCCACCGCGCAACAGCGUUGCCCCCUGCUGCCCACAGCGUCCGCGUCUACAGUGGGCAGUAGCGUCAAAACGUUCCUGAAUGCAGCCAGUCUGGAGCGCAAGCUGCCGCCUCAUGUCAGCUGUCUGCAAGAGACGGCCGCCGCGGCGAUGACCUCGCCGGCAACGAGAUGCUGCAACAUACUAGGCAGCGUCGGUGGUGGCGGCGGCAGUGGCAGCAAUGCGGCUGCCACCGUAACAUCGACCGGUGUGGUGGGCGGUGGCGUUGUGGUCACCACCGGUGGCAUGGGUUAUUAUGACGCCUACGGUGCGGGCAUACAACUCGGCGGCAUGACGGGCAGUUUGAACAGGCGACAACUGCACGGCGCCGCAGCAAGCACGGAGUUUGUGGGUCUGGAGACUUUGGAUAUACUGCAGGGCGUGGCGCCACCAGACACCAUCAUUGGCAUUUGUGGCAGCGCGCUCCCCGCAGGCAUGUCAUAUCAUCAACUGCAGCAUCACAGCUUGCCGCGUCACCAUACCACAACACUGCAACAACACCUCACAGCCAACGCAACAGGGCAGCAACAUGUUGCGCAACAUCACCAAACCUACAUGGACGCCACAAUGUUGCCACCACCACCAACAAUCGUAUCGAUAAGCAGCGGCCUGCCGCUACCCACUACCAUGAAUUAUGCGAAAAGCAGCGUCGAAGCGACAGCAACAACACCACAACAGCAACCACAAACGCCGCCGACAACACUCACCAGCAUUAUCAGUACAACAACGGCGACAACGCAAACACCAAAAGCGCAAAAGCGCGUCACCAUCAUGGAACCCACCACGCACACCUUCGAUCCACUGCUGCCCACAAUGGUGGCCGUUUCCGGUGUGGCGGCGACGCCUGCGGCACAUCAUCGCCUGGUGACCGCAACACCAACGCCCAUCAUAACGAUUACCAGCAACACAGCGGCGGCGGCGAUAACGGUAAGCGAUUGCCACGCCAGCAACCUUAGUGCGAGCGAUUCGACGCAGAGCGGCAGUGGCGACGCCUCAAAAGCAGCGGAAAGCAACUCAUCGCCCGAAGAUGAGAACUCGAUGACCGGCAUGUUGGAUCGCAUCACGCACGAUUUGGAUUAUCUGUUGAAUCGCACGAAUGAUGUGCCACCAUCAGAUGCAACCUUAGGCGAUGCUGAAGUGUUGGCGGUGGCCGUGGCCGCACCGGCAGUGGCGACGAGUGCUUCCACAGCAGCGGCACCCACCAUACCCAUGAGCCAGGAUACUUUGGACCAGUUGUAAGGUAGCUAAUAUGUAUGGUUAGAUAAGCUGGCAGAUCUUUGGCACUAUUUUUAGAAGUAAAUACUAAUAUUAAGCGUGUUUAGUUGCCACUAAGCAUUUUGUUCCUGUCACUUUUUUGAAUAUUUACUGUACAGUAGACCUUAAUGCAUAGCUGUAAUCUAUUAUAUAUUUUAUAAGCAUUAAUAUUAAUGGUGGUCUUUGUAAAUAUGGUAAA